CUUCAGUAAAAAAAAAAAAAAAUGGUUAUUUCUUCGAACUCAUGCCUGAGCUUCAUUGGUUUAUUGUUAUGUCUCUGGAGCAGGACAGCAUCCUCGCUGAAUCUUGAAGACCCUAAUGUGUGCAGUCACUGGGAAAGCUACUCAGUGACUGUGCAAGAGUCAUACCCACAUCCCUUCGAUCAAAUUUACUACACCAGCUGCACUGACAUUCUGAACUGGUUUAAAUGUACGCGGCACAGAAUCAGUUAUCGGACGGCCUAUCGACAUGGAGAGAAAACUAUGUAUAGGCGCAAAUCUCAGUGUUGUCCUGGAUUUUAUGAGAGCCGGGAAAUGUGUGUCCCCCACUGUGCUGAUAAAUGUGUCCACGGUCGCUGCAUUGCUCCGAACACCUGUCAGUGUGAGCCUGGCUGGGGUGGGACCAACUGCUCUAGUGCCUGUGACGGUGAUCACUGGGGGCCCCACUGCAGCAGCCGGUGCCAGUGCAAAAACGGGGCUCUGUGCAACCCCAUCACGGGGGCUUGCCACUGUGCUGCAGGUUUCCGGGGCUGGCGCUGCGAGGACCGCUGCGAGCAGGGCACCUACGGUAAUGACUGUCGCCAGCGAUGCCAGUGUCAGAAUGGAGCCACCUGUGACCACGUCACGGGGGAAUGCCGCUGCCCGCCGGGAUACACUGGAGCCUUCUGUGAGGAUCUUUGUCCCCCCGGCAAGCACGGCCCACAGUGUGAGCAGAGAUGCCCCUGCCAAAAUGGAGGAAUAUGUCAUCACGUCACCGGAGAAUGCUCUUGCCCUUCUGGCUGGCUGGGCACAGUGUGUGGUCAGCCUUGCCCUCAGGGUCGCUUUGGAAAGAACUGUUCACAAGAAUGUCAGUGCCAUAAUGGAGGGACGUGUGACGUUGCCACAGGCCAGUGUUAUUGCAGCCCAGGAUACACAGGGGAACGGUGCCAGGACGAGUGUCCCGUUGGCACCUACGGAGUUGGCUGUGCGGAGACCUGCCAAUGUGUCAAUGGAGGGAAAUGUUAUCACGUGAGCGGUUCUUGCCUCUGCGAAGCAGGCUUUGCUGGCGAGCAUUGCGAGGCGCGUCUGUGUCCAGAAGGGCUGUAUGGCAUCAAGUGUGACAAGUGGUGUCCCUGCCACCUGGAUAACACUCAUAGCUGUCACCCCAUGUCUGGAGAGUGUGCCUGCAAGCCGGGCUGGUCGGGACUCUACUGUAAUGAAACAUGUUCCCCUGGAUUCUUCGGGGAAGCUUGCCAACAGAUCUGCAGCUGCCAAAAUGGGGCUGACUGUGACAGUGUGACUGGAAAGUGCACCUGUGCCCCGGGAUUCAAAGGAAUUGACUGCUCUAUCCCAUGCCCGCUGGGAACCUAUGGGAUCAACUGUUCCUCUCCCUGUGGUUGUAAAAAUGAUGCUGUCUGCUCACCUGUGGAUGGGUCUUGCACCUGCAAGGCAGGCUGGCACGGGGUGGACUGCUCCAUCAGCUGUCCCAGCGGUACGUGGGGCUUCAGCUGUAACUUAACCUGCCAGUGCCUCAACGGCGGAGCCUGCAACACCCUGGACGGGACGUGCACGUGUGCGCCUGGAUGGCGCGGGGAAAAAUGUGAACUUCCCUGCCAGGACGGCACGUAUGGGCUGAACUGUGCGGAGCGCUGUGACUGUAGCCAUGCGGACGGCUGCCACUCCACCACAGGCCACUGCCGCUGCCUCCCUGGAUGGUCAGGUGUCCACUGUGACAGCGUGUGUGCUGAGGGACGCUGGGGCCCCAACUGCUCUCUGCCCUGCUACUGCAAAAAUGGGGCUUCGUGCUCCCCAGAUGAUGGCAUCUGUGAGUGCGCGCCAGGGUUCCGAGGCACCACGUGUCAGAGAAUCUGCUCCCCUGGUUUUUAUGGGCAUCGCUGCAGCCAGACGUGUCCACAGUGUGUGCACAGCAGUGGGCCCUGUCACCACAUCACAGGCCUGUGCGACUGCUUGCCUGGCUUCACAGGUGCUCUCUGCAAUGAAGUGUGUCCCAGCGGCAGAUUUGGGAAAAACUGUGCAGGGGUUUGUACCUGUACCAACAAUGGAACCUGUAACCCCAUUGACAGAUCUUGUCAGUGUUACCCGGGUUGGAUUGGCAGUGACUGCUCUCAACCUUGUCCGCCUGCCCACUGGGGCCCGAACUGCAUCCACACGUGCAACUGUCACAACGGGGCCUUCUGCAGCGCCUAUGAUGGGGAAUGUAAAUGCACUCCCGGCUGGACGGGGCUGUACUGCACUCAGAGAUGUCCUCUGGGUUUUUACGGAAAGGACUGUGCGUUGAUAUGCCAGUGUCAAAAUGGAGCUGACUGUGACCACAUCUCUGGACAGUGUACAUGCCGGACCGGGUUCAUGGGGAAGCGCUGUGAACAGAAGUGCCCUGCAGGAACAUAUGGCUAUGGCUGUCGCCAGAUAUGUGACUGCCUGAACAACUCCACCUGCGACCAUAUCACUGGGACCUGUUACUGCAGCCCAGGCUGGAAGGGGGCGCGAUGCGAUCAAGCUGGUGUUAUCAUCGUUGGAAAUCUGAACAGCUUGAGCAGGACCAGCACGGCUCUCCCUGCCGAUUCCUAUCAGAUCGGGGCCAUCGUCGGCAUCAUCAUCCUGGUGCUGGUUGUUCUCUUCCUCCUCGCGCUGUUCGUUAUUUAUAGACAGAAGCAGAAGGGAAAGGAAUCGAGCAUGCCAGCAGUUACCUACACCCCUGCUCUCAGGGUCAUGAAUGCAGACUAUGCCAUUUCAGAAACCCUUCCCCACAGCAACAGCGGAAAUGCUAACAGUCAUUACUUCACCAACCCCAGCUACCACACGCUUACCCAGUGCGCCACAUCUCCACACGUCAACAACAGAGACAGGAUGACCAUCGCAAAGUCAAAGAACAACCAGCUGUUUGUGAAUCUGAAAAAUGUGAAUCCCGGGAAGAGAGGCCCUGUGGCGGACUGCACGGGGACGCUGCCGGCAGAUUGGAAACACGGCGGCUACCUCAACGAGCUUGGAGCUUUUGGACUUGACAGAAGUUAUAUGGGAAAAUCCUUGAAAGAUUUGGGAAAGAAUUCUGAAUAUAAUUCAAGUAACUGCUCCCUAAGCAGUUCUGAAAACCCAUAUGCCACUAUUAAAGACCCACCUGUACUCAUCCCCAAAAACUCAGAGUGUGGCUAUGUGGAGAUGAAGUCACCAGCACGGAGAGAUUCCCCAUAUGCAGAGAUCAAUAACUCAACGUCAGCCAACAAGAAUGUCUAUGAAGUUGAACCUACAGUGAGUGUUGUCCAAGGAAUAUUCAGCAAUAAUGGGCAUCUCACCCAGGAUCCAUAUGACCUCCCAAAGAACAGUCACAUCCCUUGCCACUACGACCUGCUGCCGGUCCGAGACAGUUCCUCCUCCCCCAAGCAAGAGGAUGGCGGCAGCAGCAGCAGCAGCAGCAGCAGCGAAUGACAACAAAGAUCCGCUUGGUAGCCCCUGGAAGUUUCCAGAACUGCAGUUGGUUCUCCUCUAUCCUCGUUUUGCCACCUUAUGGGAAUGUUCAUCUACCUGGUAGGCAACUGUUGGACGUGAACCAGAAAGCUCAAAGCUGAGGCUGGCUGAUCGUAGGUCCUUCUUGUACGGGUGGCCUGGAAGGAGAUAUCAGUGUGACUUCCCAUUCUUCUUAGUUUUAGAACUGCGCUCGUGAAGCAUGACUUCCUAUAAGAUCUUGGCUAAAAGCAUGAACUUGUAGAAGUCCUUGGGAGAGAGUUGUGGGCUGCAGUGACAUUGGUAUUUGGUUGAACCAUUAAAAUCAAAGUAUUUUCUUUC